AUGGAGGCGAUUAGGUAUUUAGCAAAUCAAGGAAUGGCUUUUAGAGGUGAUGAUGAAUCUUAUGACUCCUCUAAUCGAGGCAAUUUCAUUGAGUUGGUGAAGGCUUUUGCAAGAAUGAAUGUAAACAUUGAAAAAGUUGUGUUACAAAAUGCUCCCUUGAAUGCCCAAUAUAUUUCAAAUAAGAUACAAAAGGAGAUCCUAAGUAUCUAUUCUACCAAAGUGAGAAAAAGGAUACGCGAUGAAAUUGGGGAAGAUGGGAAAUUUUGUAUUCUUGUUGAUGAAGCACUAGACGACUCUAAGAAGGAACAAAUGGCUAUUAUCAUAAGGUUUGUUGGUUGUGAUGGGCAUAUUCAAGAAAGGUUUUUUGAUAUUGUGAGUGUUCAUGAUACUAACUCCUCAACUCUUAAAAGUGAUAUUUGUAAAGUUCUUGGCAAGCAUAAUCUUUUAGUGAGCAAUAUGCGUGGUCAAGGAUAUGAUGGUGCUAGCAAUAUGCGUGGUGAAUGGAGUGGCUUACAAGCAUUAUUUCUCAAAGAUUGUCCAUAUGCAUAUUAUAUACACUGCUUUGCUCAUCGUCUUCAAUUAGCUUUAAAUGGUGCAGCUAAAGAGGUAGGACUCGUUUGGAGAUUUUUUUCAAUGUUGAAUAACAUUGUGAAUUUUGUUGGUGCUUCUGCCAAACGCCAUUCUGAGUUAAAAUUAACCCGACAAGCUGAAAUUGAAGAAUUACUAGCUGCUGGAAGACUUGGGACAGCUAAAGGGGCUAAUCAAAUUCGUUGUUUGCAACGACCUGGAAGUACUCGUUGGGGGUCACAUUUUAAUUCUAUUAGGAGUUUGAUUGAUUUAUUUGGUGCAACCAAGACACUUCUAACGGAUAUCAGUCAUAAUGGACCUACCUCACAAUUUCGUGGCGAAGCAGAAGCAUUAGAUCCUCGUGAUGCUUUCAAGCGAUUUAACAUUGAUGAUAUAUGCACUCUUGCUGAGAAAUUUUACCCUUUAGAUUUCACUACAACUGAGUUGCAUGCUUUAAAUCAGCAAUUGGGAUUUUAUAAGAUUGAUAUGGAUCGCAUUCAAGCCUUCAAGAAUAUUGAUUCCAUCCCUAUAUUACUUGAGCGCUUAAUUGAGACAAAAUUAGCAGAAACAUACUACUUGAUUGACAGAUUGAUUCGUUUGGUGCUAACUCUUCCUGUGUCUACAGCAACAACAGAACGAGCAUUUUCAUAUUAUCAGUUGGGGGAGUUAAAUACUAGAUUCCCAGAUGGGACUGUGGAACUCCUUUCUCUUAGGUCAGCAUUAGAUCCUCGUGAUGCUUUCAAGAGAUUUAACAUUGAUGAUAUAUGCACUCUUGCUGAGAAAUUGUACCCUUUAGAUUUCACUACAACUGAGUUGUAUGCUUUAAAUCAGCAAUUGGGAUUUUAUAAGAUUGAUAUGGAUCACAUUCAAGCCUUCAAGAAUAUUGAUUCCAUCCCUAUAUUACUUGAGCGCUUAAUUGAGACAAAAUUAGCAGAAACAUACUACUUGAUUGACAGAUUGAUUCGUUUGGUGCUAACUCUUCCUGUGUCUACAGCAACAACAGAACGAGCAUUUUCAUGUAUGAGACUUAUUAAAAAUCGACUUCGGAAUAAGAUAGGUGAUGAGUUUCUUGCUGAUUGUAUGCUACUUCAGAGUGAAAGAGAAUUAGCUUAUAAUAUAGAUAAUGAAUCAAUAAUUGGUGAUUUUAAUGCUGUGAAGACUCGAAGGGUGCAACUUAUAUAA